UAUGCGUAAAAGAAAGGGAAAAAAAACAAAGCGUAAACAGCGAGCGUAAACCAGCGAAGACGACAGAGAACGAGAGUCUGAUCAGAUCAUUGAAACUGAAGAUCGAUCGCUUGAGUAGAUCUAAUGGCGGCAAAGCAAAUGGAAGAGAUACAGAAGAAGUUGGCGAUGUUGAACUACCCAAGAGCCAACGCCCCUGCUCAGUCUCUCCUCUUCGCCGGCAUGGAGCGCUACGCCCUCCUCGAAUGGCUAUUCUUCCGGUUAUUGGGUGAUAAGUCUCCAUUUUCACAACAGAACUUACAAGGGGAUGCUAAUGACCGUGACGAAGAGACUGCUCGUAUCCAAUAUUUGGCUGAAAUUGCUAAGUUUCUCGGUAUAACAAUUACAAUAGAUACAGAAGCAAUCCAAGGCAGAGGAAGCUAUGAAGAUAGAACUGAAAUGCUUCGUCUUAUUGUAGAUCUUGUGGAGGCAAGCAUCUAUACUGAUAACCCAGCAUGGAGUGUCGAUGAGCAGGUAGCUAAGGACAUACAGCUAAUAGAUUCUAUCGCAGAGAAACAAGCUAUAAUUUUCUCAGAGGAAUGCAAGCUCUUUCCAGCAGAUGUACAAAUUCAAUACAUAUAUCCACUGCCAGAUGUUUCUGAGCUGGAGACAAAGGUUGCGGAACAGUCAAAGAUACUCUCUAGUCUUCAGCAAAAAGUUGAUGAUUUGGCAUCUAAGCAUGCUUACAAUCCAGAUGAGGAGUAUGCUGUGGUGGAAUCUCAACUACGGGCUCAUUUGGAAUCUUUUCUCGAGACUGCAAGAUCAUUCAAUACAAUUUACACAAAGGAAAUUCGUCCCUGGACGCACAUGAUGGAGGUGCCACAGCUUCAUGGAUUUGGGCCAGCUGCCAAUCGUUUGUUGGAGGCAUACAAGAUGCUUUUGAAGUUCCUUGGGAACAUGAGGAAUCUUAGAGACUCAUAUGCAGCUCUCGCUGUUGGAUCCUCAGAAACAGUAGCUGGCGAGCCUUCUUCGGUAACAAGAAUAAUAUCUGAAUGUGAGUCUGCAUUAACAUUUUUAAAUCGUGAUCUUGGAAUUCUAUCGGCAUCCAUUGUUCGUCAGCAAGGCAACGAAAUGGCAUGACGAUAUGCAUAAGAAGAAAGUGGAGAACUACCAAGGUAGCUUGUUUAAUUCUUUCUAGUGUAAUUUUGGAAAUGCAAAAUAUAUCUUAUCAUAACACAUUAACACUCAUCGUAUUCACUUAAAGAACACUGGUAGUGUUAAAGUAUAGCAGCCACUUUUGAGUGUUUUUGUUGAUUACCCGCAUCAAUGAUUGUUCGUCUUUAUACUUGUUAGUGGUCAAGUUCUCAAUUUUGAAUUUCUUGAGAAA